CUCGGCCGCCGCCAGUCGCCUCCGGAGCCGCCGCGCCGCCUCUCCGUGUCCGCGUCCUCGUCCUCCCCAUCCUCCUGCCUGCCCGGCCGCGCCAUGGAGGGCUACCACAAGCCUGACCAGCAGAAGCUGCAGGCCCUGAAGGACAUGGCCAACCGCCUGCGCAUCAGCUCCAUCCAGGCCACCACGGCGGCCGGCUCGGGCCACCCCACGUCAUGCUGCAGUGCCGCGGAGAUCAUGGCUGUUCUCUUUUUCCACACCAUGCGCUACAAGCCUCAGGAGCCCCGGAACCCUCACAACGACCGCUUUGUGCUCUCCAAGGGCCACGCGGCUCCCAUCCUGUACGCUGUCUGGGCCGAGGCCGGCUUCCUGCCUGAGGAGGAGCUGCUGAACCUGAGGAAGAUCACCUCUGACUUGGACGGGCACCCCGUCCCGAAACAAGCCUUCACCGACGUGGCCACUGGCUCCCUGGGCCAGGGCCUUGGGGCUGCUUGUGGGAUGGCCUACACGGGCAAAUACUUCGACAAAGCCAGCUACCGCGUCUACUGCAUGCUGGGAGAUGGGGAGCUGUCCGAGGGCUCCGUGUGGGAGGCCAUGGCCUUCGCCAGCAUCUACAAGCUGGACAACCUGAUUGCCAUUCUUGACAUCAACCGCCUGGGCCAGAGCGACCCCACCCCCCUGCAACACCAGGUGGACGUCUACCAGAAGCGUUGCGAGGCCUUCGGCUGGCACACCGUCAUCGUGGACGGACACAGCGUGGAGGAACUGUGCAAGGCCUUCGGCCAGGCCAAGCACCAGCCGACGGCCAUCAUUGCCAAGACCUUCAAGGGCCGGGGGAUCCCAGGGAUAGAGGAUAAGGAGGCUUGGCAUGGGAAGCCCCUCCCCAAAAACAUGGCUGAUCAGAUUGUCCAGGAAAUCUACAACCAGAUCCAGAGCAAAAAGAAGAUCCUCGUGACUCCCCCGCAAGAAGAUGCCCCUUCAGUGAACAUCACCAAUAUCCGCAUGCCCAGCCCACCCAGCUACAAAGUUGGGGAGAAGGUAGCCACCCGCAAGGCCUAUGGACAGGCCCUGGCCAAGCUGGGCCGUGCCCACGACCGCAUCAUCGCCCUCGAUGGGGACACCAAGAAUUCCACCUUCUCAGAGAUCUUCAGAAAGGAGCACCCAGACCGCUUCAUUGAGUGCUACAUUGCUGAGCAGAACAUGGUCAGUGUCGCGGUGGGCUGUGCCACACGCAAUAGGACGGUGCCCUUCUGCAGCGCUUUUGGGGCCUUCUUCACACGGACCUUCGAUCAGAUUCGCAUGGCGGCCAUCUCUGAGAGCAACAUCAACUUCUGUGGUUCGCACUGCGGUGUGUCCAUCGGGGAAGAUGGGCCCUCUCAGAUGGCUCUGGAAGAUCUGGCCAUGUUUCGGUCAAUCCCCACUGCAACGGUCUUUUACCCAAGUGACGGGGUGUCUACAGAGAAGGCGGUGGAAUUAGCAGCCAAUACAAAGGGCAUCUGCUUCAUCCGGACCAGCCGCCCAGAAAACGCCAUCAUCUAUAACAACAAUGAGGACUUCCAAAUCAAGCAAGCCAAGGUGGUCCUGAAGAGCAAGGAUGACCAGGUGACUGUGAUUGGGGCCGGAGUGACCCUGCACGAGGCCUUGGCUGCUGCCGACCUGCUGAAGAAAGGGCUUGAACUCACGACUCUGCGAUCAAGAGUUGGACGCUUAACUGACUGAGCCACUCAGGCACCCCACCGAAGCCACCUUUUGUUGAGCACUUACGACUAUGCAGCCAGUGUGAUGGGGAGAGCCGGGGCUGUGGUGGCCACAGGCCCUACCCCUGCCCCAUGGCCCUGGAGUUGAGGUGCCCCAGCACGGUGGUCCGAUCAGCGGUCCUAGAGCCUGCCAGUAGGCCUGAACUGAUUAUUCAGCAUCUCCAUGCCUCAGUUUCCCCAUCCAUAAAGUGGAGAUAAUGUCACCUUCCCGGGAGGGCUGUCCUGAGGAUUUAAUACUGUGACCUAGCGUUAUUAUUAUUAUUAUCAUCACCAUUGCAGGCUCACAAAUGUUAGCUACUGGCAUGGUAGGGGACAUAGGAGCUCCACAGAAUCACAGCGGAUGCCAUGGUGUAGCCGUGCUGAGCAGAAAGGAUAAGGCAGACAGGGUGUCCUUAGGAAAAUGACCUCAGAUGUGAGUAGGAACUGAGAAGCAGAGGCCCGGGCAGAAGGAACAACGUGUCCAGAGCUCCAGGGAGCUGUAGAGAAGCCCGGGGAGGCCCAGCCCUGUCAGGGAUGGAGAUCCCGAGGAGGGCUUGAAGAGGCAUGGCGGGGCCUGACUCGUCCUUCUGAGGCCAUUCGGCUGGGUCCCCGCCUGACCUGUGCCUGCAGCCGCAGCUCCCCUCCCCUCCCCCGGCGAGCCCCUGGCCCUGUCUCACAUCAGACACUGGGAACUGUCCUCCGGCUUCCCCUGCAUCUUCAAAGGCGUCCGGGAAGAUGAAGCAAAGCUGUGUGGGCACCUGCCAGGCCACGCGGUGUUCUCUGAUGGUCCAAAGGCUGAGAUCCUCUGGCCCAGGAUGUGAGGCGAGAGAGAAGGGCAUUUCUCUUCCCUGAGACCAGAUGCUCCGAAAUCAGGGGGUGCAGGAUGCUAGGGGACAUGGGUAUCACAGAUAAGCAGAGGGAGGGGGCAAGCCACUGGGGGCGCUAGCAGACACCGCCCAGAUCACGGGAACAGAACGACAGCUUGCCUCCCCAGGAUAGGGACAGGCCCAGGCCUUUAACUGUGUGACAACUCUUGGGACACCCGCACUGACCUCACCCAUGCAAGGACACACCCACAGCACCCAGCGCCCCCCCCCAGCCAUGCCCCUGUGUUUUCUCCUC